AUGAAGUUCAGCAUCCUUGCUCUCUCGGCCUUGCUGGCUGUCGCCGCUGCCGCAGAAACUACCACCGCGAACCCUUCAACCGUUACCACUACUCCCGAGCUUGAGUGCGCAAAGAGCUGCGAAGCCAAGGAUAUCUGCUGCACAGCCAAGUGCUACCAUGUGCCCUGCCCCAGCGAUAACCAGGCAAAUGACACCAACGACUGCGUUGCUGCCUGCCCCCAGGGCAACGGCUCCCCCGCCGACACCCAGAAGUACGCCGAGUGUGAGCAGUCCUGCUACAGCUCGCACUUCUGGGGCGGCAACGGCAGCGGUGCAACUGCAACCCACUCUUCCACCACCUCCACUGGUACCGGCAGCACUGCCACACAGACCAGCUCUGACUCGUCGAGCACCGAUUCCAAGUCUUCGGAUAGCAAUGACAGCGAGGGCAACAACGACAACGAUGACUCCUCUUCCUCGGGCACUGCUACCAGCUCCUCAGGUUUCUCGCAGGAGACCACAAACGCCGCUGUCAAUGUCAAGCUCGGUGCCUCCGCUGCUGGCCUCCUCGGCCUGGUUGUUGCUGCCUUUGCUCUGUAA